UCGUCUUCUCGGGCAAGGUUUCACUCCAGAGAUGGCCGCGAAAGUGUGCAGAACGGUCCUUGUGUUGUCCCGUAGCGGCGGAGCGGCGGCAGCCGGCUUCCCCGCACUGGGUGUCUCUCCACAUCGACAGAGCUCCCACAUAGCACCGGAGGCGCUGUCUCUCCCUCUCGCCCAUCAGUCUCCAAGGAGAACGCAUGGCCUGCGACCCAGAGCUUCCCUUUUUCCCGCUUCCCCCAGCCCCAUGUCAGCCCAGGGCUGGAAAAGUAUCCCUACAUGGCAGGCCCAGAGACUGCUGUGCUCUUCUGUUGCAACGCCACCUGAAGAGGUGACUGUAAUGUAUCAGAACGGACUCCCUGUGAUAUCGGUCUGCCUGCCGUCUCGGCGGGAACGUUGCCAGUUCACCCUGAAGCCGCUCAGCGACUCCGUGGGCGUAUUCCUGCAGCAGCUGCAGGCCGAGGACCGGGGCAUCGACCGCGUCGCCGUCUACUCCAUGGACGGUGUGAGAGUAGCCUCCUCCACGGGGGUCGACAUCCUGCUGCUGGACGACUUCAAGCUGCUCAUCAACGACGCCAUGCACGUGGUGCGACCUCCCCGGAGAGAGCUCCUAGCGCACGAAGAGGCGGAGAGGUUGAACGACGUGAAGUUUUUAGUCCAGCAACUCUACACUACCCUACGCAUUGAGGAACAUCAGCUGACUAAAGAGCGAGAGCUGAUUGGACGACUGGAAGACUUGAAUUCACAACUCCGCCCCCUGGAAAAGAUAAAGGAGGAGCUGAGCCGGAAGGCGGAGCGUCGAACCACCUGGGUGCUGUGGGGGGGCAUGGCGUAUAUGGCGACGCAGUUCGGCAUCCUGGCACGCCUCACCUGGUGGGAGUACUCCUGGGACAUCAUGGAGCCGGUCACCUACUUCAUCACCUAUGGCACCGCCAUGGCCAUGUAUGCCUACUUCGUGCUCACGCGUCAGGAAUACAUCUAUCCUGAUGCCAGAGACCGCCAGUACCUGCUCUUCUUCCAUAAGGGGGUGAAGAGGACCCGCUUUGAUAUCGAGAAGUACAACAAGUUAAAGGACGCCAUCGCCGAGGUAUUCCGAGGACGGCGCCCCCACCUCCCCUCUCCCCAUAACUGUAGCUGUAGCAUGGUGGCUAACAGAGCAGAAUCAUCGCUCAGUCUCAGGGCUGGAGCGCAUCGGGUCAGGCGAUGACUGCGAGGUUUAUACAUUCUGCCCACAUUCUCCCUGGAUCUCCCCCCACAGUCUAAAGUACUGCCCUUCAGAUCAAGUGUGGAAUAUGUCUCUUAAAAUCUGGAUUCAUCCGUUUUAUACCGCAUGUCCUGGGGAGGCUCAUAACAUACUGUAAUUCUGGGUAAAUCACAGCAUGCUAAGAUGCACUGUACCAGUAUUUCAGGUUGGGUAAAAUGAUAAGAAAAUGGACUAAUGGCUUAGUCUAGAAACACUUGAAAUUCUGCUUUUAUGAUGCGUAUCAGCAGAAAUUGGCUGCAGGGGGUGCUUUUCUGGUGUGGCAUGUUGUUAUAGAAGAGCAGCUCUUCGGAAAUACUGUGGUGCAGAUAGAAAAGCUUCUCAUUGAGGUUUUUUUCCCCUGUAUGCAUGUGUGUGUGUUUAGGCAUUGAGUGGUAGAUGUCAUGAAGGGUUAACACCCUGGAAAUGAAGCAGCGGUGUGUCCUUAGCUGACCGUAACCCCCCCAGGCUGGGCCUCCGCAGGCAGCGAUGGGAGCCGCUCGGCCCUAAGCGCCCACUUGCUGCAGGGCUUCUCUUUCUCCUGUUCGAACGCCUCUCAGCUGUUCACUUUUUCUGACUUUUCGGACAGGAGGGAAUGUUCUCACGCCUUUUCACAUCCAGAGCCACACACACAACCCAGUUUUAUAUUCAUAAAUUCUAUGGACCCCUGGACAUUCUCCAAAUCCUAAUAGGAGACAAGAAUAUUCUUUCUAUCGUAGGUUGCCCUAUCAAAUGUUCAUGGAUUUAUUUUCCCCUACAUAUCUAAAGGCUCCCCUCUCUCUCAGUGAAAUGAUGUCGCUUAUGAGGGGGGGGGUCUUUAGCUCUGCAUAAAAGUACGGAGUUAUUCUCCCGGAGCUUUGGCUUUUGCGAUUAUCUGACAGGUUCCUGUUACUUUAUUUCCUUCCAAUGCUCUUCCUGGCUUUUUCCUGGGAUGAAUCCGUAGUGGAUUUUAAUUUCUUUGAAAUCCUCGGCCCUUUUGGACCUGUCCUAUUGGGUAUGUCUAAGGAUUUGUUCAGGCAGCAAUUUGUACAGCUGAUCCAGGGAUUUGGUACCGUCGACAGGCAUCCAUCUCCGUCAUUUUGAAACACAUGGACUUCUUUCUGUGCUGCUAGGUGUUGCCCAUUCUUCCCCAUCACCUGAACUCUACUCGUAUGUGGCCCUUUUCUCUGGCUACACAGCAAAUAUUUCAAAUGGGCAAUUUAUUCUGUAUUAAAGCGGUUUGGAUUUCAUGGUAAAAGUAAAUAUGAGAUUUUCUGAUCUGUGUGUGUGUGAGUCAGUGCGUGUGUAUGUAUGUGUGUGUGAGUCAGUGCGUGUGUGUGUAUGUGUGUGUGAGUCAGUGCGUGUGUAUGUAUGCAUGCUGGCCCACGUUUGCACCUCCUCUUAGUCUUUGCAAUUAGCCCCUCUCAGCUGUGUCUGAUGUUUUCAUUUAGAUGAAUUACUCACUCCUUUAUCAGCCGCCGGCUCUGCUCUCACGCUCUGUGCAUUCUGGAAACAGAGAAUGAGCACCCAAAAGAGUGAAUGCUUUCCUGUCAAGGUACCAGGCCUGCCACAUUCAUUCAUAUACUUACAUCAGGGGUGUCAAACUGCAGUCCUGGGGGGCCGGAGCCCUGCACAUUUUUGCGGUUCCCCUUAUUUUACACACCUGAUUCAACCC